CACUGGUGUAAAGUGCUAUUUCGUGGGCUCAUCCAGUAUUCGCGAACGAUACAAAUCUGCGGGAUAAAGUUAUUAAGAUGGUGUCGACGAUUAAGGGUUAAUGCCAGUGGCAUUAUUUAGUGCGAGUCAUACCUUGCUGUAUUGUUAUUUACGUUUUCUCCGAAGUGGUGAGUUUGUUCCAGUACUGUUACAACAGUGACAGAGUUUGGAAAGAGAAUUUGUACAAGAAUUAUGAGCGAGUGUAAAUAAUAGCAUAAAGGGGAUUAUACAAAGUGCUGAUGUAGUAGGUAUACAUCGCAGAGGAGUGGCAAGUGUGCGGAUGGUUGCUAUGAUGUAGAUGUGUGGCUCAUGUUUUUAAGUGAUACAAUUUAACUAGUGUUCUACGUAUGUGUGUGUUUAUUGUAUGACAUAUUUGGAUUUUAAACCUACGAACAUUUAAAAUGGAGUUAUUGUCAACAGAGCGCGCAUUCCAGAUAUGGGCUUUAGUCACAAUGGUCGUCGAACAUGCGACGUAUGCAGCAGGAAUCGAUGCCCAGUCCCUGAAGGUCAUUCCUCCGCCGAUGGUAUCGGAUGAGUUCCUUCCGGCCUGCUUCAACUUCACAUAUGGCAACUACAACGAGAUGGAGUUCUAUAGCCCGGGAUACCCGGGCAAGUACCCGAACGGCAUCAGCUGCGUCAUGUACUUACAAGCCCCGCCAGGUUUCUUCAUCGACCUCUACUUCACUGACACGUUUGCGAUCGAGGAGUCCGAAGGUUGCAGGUAUGACUACGUGGAGCUGCGGGACGGACCGUUCGGAUUCUCGGACUUUAUCGCGAGAUUCUGCGGCAACGAGUUUCCGGUCACCGUGCAGACGAAAUCUCGCUUUCUUUGGGCGAGAUUCACGUCCGACAACGUAAUGGAGUCUGAUGGGUUCCGGGCGGUGUACGGGUUCAAGAAGAAAAAAGAAAACUCAGUUAAUUCAACGGAAGCAGAAAAGAUGUCGGUUUGUCGCAUCUAUAUGGACAACCUCGCUCUGGAUGGAGAGAUCAACUCAAAAGUGUUUCCAUUGGCUGACACGUCGCAGCGCGAUUAUCCAAUCAACGAGCCGAUAGACUGCACGUGGGAAAUGUUGGCGGAAAACGGGCAACGGAUAAUGUUAACGGAAAUACAACUUUACAUGCUGCGAGACGAACAGUGCAGCCGGAACCGGAUAGAGAUGUACGAUAGGACAACGUCCGAGGACGACCGAACAGGUGUCUACUGCGCAGGCCCAGUGCCGAGCUACCGGUCGGAGUCAAACCGCGUCUUUCUCCGUAUACUUGGCAGUCGGUUAUCGGAAAAACCCGUACUCCAGGCACGAUAUACGGUCUUCAAACCGGAAAACACGAAACACGGAGAAGCGCCUUGCGGCCCAGACGAAUUUCACUGUGACGACAUCUGUCUCAACCAGGCGCUUGUUUGUAACGGCCGCCGAAACUGUCCUACCACCGGCGCUGACGAAGAAGGGUGUAAAACGUCAACCGCUUCUGGAGGUGAUUCGGCAGGUUUACCGCUCCUAGCCAUAAUCCUUGCCGGUGUCGGCGGCCUUAUAUUCGUCGUCGUCGUCAUUGGCGUCUGCGUCACGUGCCGCUACAGGCGUGGGCGCCGCGAGCCAAAGAGCGCCAGGAAGACCGGAAGCCAGAAGCGGAACGCUCUGGAGCUCGCUGUAAGCGACAGUAACCAUACGGCGAACCACCUUGCGAAACAGAACAGCAAGAGCAGCUACUAUUCUCUUCCACGCCCUUCCGGUCACGCGACGAUGAUGCAACACCGCGGAAGUUUCUCUAGCAAGGUGCCCUCUGAAGGCGGCGACUUUGGCGAUCACAUAUCCGAGUCCAGCUCUUACAAGAAGUUUCUGCAACUCGAGCAGAAUUUCGACGACGACUCCAGCCGUUGCCCAUCGCCCUACAGCCCCGGUUUUACGACGAUCAUCGAGCAGCAUCCGGCCCCACCGGGAAUGACGUCAGAUGCUGGCUGGAACUUCCAGCAGCCGCUCGAAUCACCGUUCAUGCCGAGCCUCGCGGAAAAUUUGUCGAAGCUGCAACAGUACACGAAAUUCAACAAUUCUUUCCCUCAAACAAUCCCGACGGCAAUGUCCCCGCAGACGCCCGGAUCACCAACUACUGGGAUGACAAUGGAGUUCCGUUACGACCCGACCACCCCAGUGUACCCCUCUACUAAAUUUAGAAUCAAGUCCCCGGAUGUAAAAUAUGGCUGGGGUCAAGAGCUCGUCAAAUCGCCCGCCACCCCAACGAGGUCGCUCACUUUCAAGAACCAAGACGCGGACGUAGCUCCUGAUCUCACGCGAGAAAUUGAAGCCACGUGAUUCGACGUCGACGCUAGUUAAAAUUAUCGUAUAAAUAGUGGUGUAAGUAAGACGCGUAGACCGGUGAAGCGCAGCCGACUAUUGGACAUAUCUGAAGAUGUUGCGGUUGAAUAAGAAAUGCAAACUGUCCAAUUUCGCGAUCGUUUGUAAGCGUAUUAUAACAGAUGUCAGGUUUCAACUUUUCUGGGGAAAAAAACAUAAGCAUGUGACGUUAUAAGAAACAGUUAGACGAUAUAAGACAAGCAGUGCGUUUCAAGCGUCAGACAAGGGUCGAGACUAAAGGUUAUCUCUCAGAGUCCGAAGUGAGCAAGCUUGUAUACGGAACAAGAGUCAAGAGGUGUGGUGUCAGUACCUCAAACAGUGCCAUAGUCAUCAAGCCGCGAUUUCUCGAAUAUUCUUGGGAAGGCCUUAACAGGAUAAGCUUAAACUGACAAUAAAGUGUGCAACCAGUUCAUCAUCGCCAACUUUAAAAGAGUAAUCAAUGAAAACUUCAAUGAAAUAAACGAUUUUUAACACAUGUGUUAGAUUUUGAGAUAAAUCGGUUCCAGUCGUCAUCCACUCGUACACAUAUUUCUCGAUCAGCCCAAGUCGCAAAGAGAGCUGUCAUAAGAUAGGUGAAAGCAAUCGAGUCCAGUUUCGUAGUUACGUUGACUUCCGUGCGUGCACUUGGUCGUUUAUUCUUCGCCGAAAGGGAUAGCGCGACCGCGGCGUAGACAACAGCCUGCGACAAAAAUUGUUUCAUGUCUUCUCGAUUUUUUCGCAAAUGUGUUCUAGUUAUUUCAUGCAAAGGUUAUAUCCGCGGCUCUUCAUGUACUCGUUUAGUGUGUAAAAGGCAACUUUGAGUUGGAUACAUGUGUUGCAUUUUUAUUUUGUGUUCACAUUUGCAAAGAGAAACAAUAUCUGCAGCAAGUCUGACAUUGUGUUCAUAGUUGUAAAAAAAACAAUUAAUCUGCAGCAAGUCUAAUUGAGUUAAACUAUGUACAAUCUUGAAGCAAUAUUGAACUUGGCUUGUUCGGACAGUACUAGCAAGAUCAAUGGCUAAUGUUAAUUGUGUUUCAGUAAAACACUACAUAAGUUUUCAGCGAACGUUUAAUAAUCUCCCCGGUAUGAUGAUUAUGUUUUUGUUUCUUGUUUUUGUUUUCGUGUUAAAUAUUGUUUUUGUUUAACACGUUUGCAAUAUAAUGCAAUAUAAAUUUCAUUGAAAAAAGCAGCCUGUGGAAUUUGAGCGAGCGUUUCGUUUCUCUUAGUUUAAUCUAUUUAGACUAUUCAAAUGCUCCAACGACAUGUAAACGUUUUGUAAAUAUGUACAUGUCUGUGUUUGCGUAAAGUUUUUCAUGGCAAUUUUUUAAAUUAACAGAAAAAGUUAAGUGAGAUAAUAUAAUUUUUUGAAACUUUUUUAAUUAUUUGUUGAAUAUGAUCACCAUUAAUAUUCUACGUUAUUUCACUUUGUUUUAUCAAUUGUGUUAUAAGUAUACUCCAGAGUGUUAGUAUUAUUUUAAAAAAAAAUUCUUCUGUCGUUUUGUUUGAUUAUUCAAAGCGUUAUAGCCUAGCAAUUAUUAUGUCUUCCAAAACAGUGUUAAAUGUUAUGAUUUGAACCUUCAUAAUUGAUCAUGUUAUUCGUGAUAAUGUGUGGUUGGCCAUCAAGCGUAUACACAUGAAUUAUAUAGCAUAAGUAAUGCCAAACGUAAGCCCACUUUCUGUUUAUAUUAUUGUGCCAGUUUUCGCGCAAGUAAAAACGUUCAUUAUUUCCAUAUUACAAUCAUUUUAAAUUGAGCAGCUCUCACCAGCCCAAUUUUAGACUUAAGAAUAAAUAGUACACAUGUAAUCGAGAAAAACACUUCAAUCGUUUAAACAUAUCCUUGCUACAACAGAUGAUAAUGUUCUUAACAGAAUAAUCUACGUUAAAAAUUAAAUUGACUGAGUCAUUUGAUGCCAAUCUUGGUUCAAAAGUAAUGCAAUUCUUGAAUGUUCCAAUUCAAACAAUAUUAUUUAUUCUAAGACUAAAGUCUGAAAAUGUUUUUGAUGAAUAUGGGCCAAUCAUUAAAUUAAUUAAAUAUGUACAGCUCAUCGCGUUCUUUUAAUACUAACAUACAAUAAUUCAUAUACACAUUAUUUUGAAUACUCAAAGAUGAUCACUCGAUUCCUAGACAGUAUAUCAUUCAUUACAAGUAUCAUAACGGAGUCAAAAUAAAGGAGUAUUUCAAAAUUGUGCUGUUAUGUCGUUUACAAGUAUAAUAAAGCAUUAACAAGUGAUUUGAAUUUCUAUCCCGAAUUGAGUCUUGUAUAUACAAUUAAUGCAUUAUUAUUUAGUAGAACAUUUUGUGUUAUGUACUAU